AUAGGUGGCGCACGUUAUCUUUACAUCGCGAUACCCACCGCCGCAUCCACGCUGCAUGCUCCCUUCGGCAACAUGGCGCGGGAUAAUAGUUCUUUGGUUUUGUCCACAGUUUUCCAUUUACUUGCGUUUUCAGUAUACACCUACGCAUGGUAUUAUGAUGCUCUGUAUGUACGCCCUAAAAUACCCUACCAAUAUGGGGGGAAAUUCAAAUAUCUUACCAUCUGGUGUAUGCUUUUUCAGACUGUAUAUUUUGCGGGAGCCACAAUAACAGAUUUGGUACUGACGUCAGGCCCAACAGUUGUGGGUAGAAAGUGUUCAAAUAUACGCGAUUGUUUUCUUGCAAGUAUUGCUUUUCCUUUUGCUGCGCUUGUACAAACUGUGUUCUGGAUUUUGUAUUCCAUUGAUCGGGAGUUGAUCUUUCCAGCGUCAUUUGAUGCUAUUUUUCCAAGCUGGCUGAAUCAUAUCAUGCACUCAGUUAUCAUACCAUUUCUAGUUAUUGAAAUGUACAUAAUUCGCCACAGCUACCCUUCACGGAAGAAUGGCAUUCUAGGAUGUCUUGCGAUUGGAUUGUCGUACCUUGCAUGGAUUUUGUUUCUAGGUAUUGUCAAGAAUAUCUGGGUGUAUCCAGUAUUUCGGGUCAUAUCUAAUGCAGGAUUUGUUGCAUUUAUUUUGGUCUCUGCUGUGGUACUGCUUUGCUUCUACUCAGUUGGACAAGCAAUUGCCACAAAAUUUUGGAAAAAUGUUCCAGAGGAGAAUUUUAAAAUUGACUAGAAGAAAUAUUUCGGCUGAAACAAUCUGUUUGAUACUGCUGUGUAUACCGACCAAAUUAUAAUUUAUUACCGACCAAAUUAUAAUUUAUUACCGAAGAGUUUUCAAAAGAUAAUGCUGAAUUAUUGACUUAUAAUUUAUAUGAAAAUCAUGUCUAUUAAUAAACUGUAUAUUCUAUAGAAUCAUGUAAUAAAUGGUAAAGUAAUAAUACUAAAUUAUUUUGAAUGUUACAAAUAAUUUUUUUAUUUUAUUUAUUUAUUACUAUUUUCUUUUUUUGGGACCAUCAUGUAAUCUGAACACUCUUGAGCUGAAAUUAGUAUUAUUAGGUUUUUGGAAAUGAGAAAAAUGUUAUUGAUGUAAAUUGCAGAGAGGAACAUAGGAGAUAGACGAUUCAUUUGUAUUUUGUAAGUUAAAUAUUGUAAAAGAUUGUAACAAGGCGUGACAUGAAUAAAGCAAAGCCUGUUCUACAGAAGCAAUAAUAA